AUGGUACUAAUCCAAGAAGAAAUGGAUCCGGCUUAUGUUCAAUUAUCUGAUACAGAAAACGAGGAAAUUGAUGCUACCGCGACAGCAGAAGAUGAAACUAUAAAUUAUGAAGAUCUGAAGAAGCGCAUAUGGAAAGACCGUAUCCUUCUCCAGAAGAUGAAGGAGAAACUUAACAUAGACGAAUCUGAAAACAAAGAAGCCAAACAAGAAGCGUCCAGGAAGAAAAAGAUGUCUAGAGCACAACACUCUAUCCUCAAAUACAUGGUCAAGAUCAUGGAGGUUUGCAAAGCUCGUGGAUUUGUCUAUGGCAUCAUUUCCGAAAAAGGUAAACCAGUUACUGGCAGCUCGGAUAGUUUGCGAGAAUGGUGGAAAGAAGAUAUCAGAUUUGACCAAACUGCUCCUACAGCAAUUGCAAAGUAUUUACCGUUACUUGAAAAAGGAGAGUUAGAUAAGUCGUCAAGCAUACACCUUCUCCAAGAUCUUCAAGACACAACACUAGGAUCUCUUCUUUCAUCACUGAUGCAACACUGUGUGCCGCCACAAAGAAGGUACCCUUUGGAUAGAGGCGUGGCCCCGCCGUGGUGGCCUAAUGGGUCAGAGGCAUGGUGGGGUGAACAGGGCUUUUUGGCUCAAAAACACGGACCACCACCAUACAAGAAACCCCAUGAUUUGAAGAAAGCAUGGAAGGUUUCGGUUUUGGCUUCGGUUAUAAAGCACAUGUCUCCUGACUUAGAGAAAUUGAGAAGGCUUGUGACUCAAUCAAGGACUUUGCAAGAUAGGAUGACUGCCAAAGACAGUGCUACUUGGUCCAAAGUUGUGAACAAAGAAGAAGCUUUGUUGAGACUUACAAACAAGUGUCUUAAGAUUUCCCCUUCGUCCAGCGACGAGGAGAACAAUAAGGAAGACAAUGAAGGAGAAAUCGAAGUCUUUGACUUUGUGGAUAAACUACUGUAUACAUGUCAGAACGUAGAUUGUCCACAAAGCGAUUUGUCUAUGGGAUUUAAAGACAAGAAUUCAAGGAUGAACCACGAGUCUAUGUGCGGUUUUCGCGGUGCUACUCUCAAUCAUCAGGGAAGUAACAGCAGCAAUGAAAAUUCAAAGGCUUUUCAUGAUUAUCUGUCGAGCGAGGAGAGGAUGAUAAGUGUUGGAAAUUGGAUGAAUAUGGAGGUAGCUAAGGCCAAUGACAACAAUAACGAUAAUAAUAAAUUUGGUGAAACUGAUUUUGGUGAUGUUGAUAUUAUGAAUGGGAUGGAAGAGAUUGCAGGUGAAGCUUUUGGUGAAGACAAUUUAGGGUUAUGGCUGAAUGACAUUGAAGGUUGUGAGUUGCUUGCGGCAUUGGAGAUGGUUAAAGCAAAUAGCGUGAUAGAUUCUACUCAUCCGAAUAAUAACACACUGAUAAUGAUAGGCGAGUUUAAUACUAUUGAAUAUGAGAUUGCGAAUGAGAUUGAAUACAAGAUUGAGAAUGAGAUCGAUGAUGAGAUUGAUUAUGAUUAUGAAAUGAUAUUGAAUAUGAUUCUGAUUGUGAUACAUCUGCCUGGGUAG